GUGUUGCGCUGGGGGAGCUCCGGUUAGGCGGCCCCGGCAUGGCCCUGAGCAGCGAGCGGCUCGCUGCCCUGCUGGGCAGAACCGUUAAAGUCACCUUAAAAUGUGGCGUCUUCCAGGGGGUGCUGCAGCACGUGAACCCCGACUGGAGUCUCCUCCUGCGGACAGUGAAGAACUUGGAAACUGGCAGAAGCAGUCCAGGAAUAAAGAUGUUUUUUGGCCCUGAAAUAGUAAAUGUGGAAUUGCUGGAUGACUCAGAUUCAGGGAAGGGAACAACAGUGCUCUCUGAGUGCACUUCAGCUGUUGAAGGGAACAAAAAAGCAGACACAGGACCAGCAGAUUGUGGACCCUGUAGUUCUCCUCCUGUUUCCUUAGAGAGCCAGCUUAGAGCCUCGAAUAGCUUAAAAUCCUCCCUCUCAGAAAAGAAGGAAGAAGAGAAUGUGGAGUACACAGUUAUUGAUUCUUUCCAGGAGAAAUUUGGCCCAGCAGUGCUGCACCUGAAACAGCAAUGUGUGGUCAGUAUAGCAGGAGAAGGUGUUAAUUUGUGUCGUUAUGGAAAACUCUCAUGGCUUGAGAUAGCAUCAAAGAGCCGCAUUUUUCUAUUUGAUAUCUUCCUUCUGGGACCACAGGCUUUCAAAAAUGGAUUACAGAUGUUGCUGGAAGAUAAAAACAUCUUGAAGGUCAUGCAUGAUUGCCGCUGGAUCUCAGACUGCCUUUUCCACCAGUAUGGUGUCGUCCUCUUCAACGUCUUUGAUACACAGGUUGCUGAUGCUCUGCAGUUCUCAAUGGCAACAGGCGGCUUCCUUCCACACCGUGUCUGCACGUUACGGGAGUGUUUGAUGCAGCACUUGAAGAUACCUUCCAAAUGGGAUGCCAUCAUGAAGUGCAGGCAGCAGAUGGCUUCAGAGAAUCCUGACAUAUGGUUCCUGAGACCCUUUCCACCUUCACUGCUUAAAGCACUUGCUCUGAAGGCUAUGCACCUUUUGCUGCUUCACACAUCCCUAAUGGAGAACUUGAUGUCUGAUCUAACAGCUGUAGUACGUGAUUACUUGAAUACUUAUCGCUCUGGGUCUGGAGAUCACCUUUGGAGCACAAAGCCCACUUGCAUGGAGCUGCCAAAGGAACUGCGUCAGCUCUUAGAUAUCCAAAAGCUGCGAAAAGAGAGAGCAAUGAAAAACUACAGAAUGAACAAGGAUGGUCUUUUGAUCAGACCAACACCCAUGGAAUUCAAAAAGAGAAACGAUCCACAGGAGGAUGGAAACUACAGAGAUGACUUGGAUCACUCUCCCACAAAUAAAGCGGUGUCCCAUCUUACAUCCUUCUACAAUCGGGAUGUACUUUGUCAAGAAAAGCUUGAAAAAUCAAAAUCAAGAGGUAAAUCUGUGGAAGAACCUUAAACCGACCUCAAGCUGGCUGAACAAGUGACUUGAUAAGCUUAGACUGGGUAUUUGAAGACAUAAAAAUGAAAAAAGGGGCUAUUCCCCAAGCAGAAGUGUCAAACAAAAGCUUCUGACUUUACAGGGACGGGUGAACCCAUUGUUGCAUGGAAAUAAUGAUGGUCUUUCUUUUGAAGGAAAUUCCUUCUGUGUCUUACUCCUCUCUAGGUUUAUUUUUGAGAUUCGUUUUUUUCAAGAGCUAUUUUUGAUUGUAAACCAGUGACUUUUGGUUUUCUUGCUUUGUUAUUAGACCAAUGUCUUAAGUUGUAUUGGUUCUUUCAUUUCCUAUUGUAGGUAUGUAAAAACUCUUGUUCAAUCCAGACAUGUAAACAGGGGAGCUUGUAGGAGGCCUGCUCAUUGCGAUUAGAAAGAGCUGGCUUGGAAAGAUUAAAAAACCACCUGGCCAUCCCAUGUGGGCUUGGUUUCCAUACAGAUAAGUCUCUUGGCAUGGCUGUACAACAUAGCAGAGUAAAAAAGUUCAUAGCCUAAUGAACCAUUGUGCUGGCAAAACCAGGGCUGUACUAAUAAGAAGGACUUUUCUGCCAAGUCAGUUAUUUUAGGCUGAGAAAAGAAGCUUCCCACUGAAAGUUGCAUGGCACUGUUGUCUGUCAGCACUGCUCUAUCCAGCUCCUCUAGAUAAGACUGUAACACUAAUGUGUGGAGAUGGGCAAGUAUGUCCAAGAGAGAGGGAGAGGAAGCAGUUAAAUUAGCUUCAAGAAAUAGCACCCUCUCCCCCCCAAAGUAAAAUUAGGUAUCAAGGCAAAACCAGUUUAUUUCCAGUAUCCUUGUUUUGUUAAACUACAACACUGGUAUUCACCGAAAGUAAAGCUCCUCCAAUGGAUAGUAUUAUUCUACCAUGUGACAAAAUUAACGUAGGCCAUGCCUGAGUCUUGGAAUUAUUUGCCUGAGUCUUGGAAUUAUUGGAGGGGGGGAAGGGGGACAUAUUACUGUAUUUGACUUGCAAGCACAAGACUGUUGAAAAUUCUGUGGUUUUGAAAUGAUGAAUUUAUACAGAGUUAUGUAUUUAAAUACAUUAAAAAUACGGCAUGUUUUGCCAUUCAGAUGCUUCAGACAGGGUGGGGAACCCCUGCAGUAUAAAGAAGGUUUUGUUCUCAGGGUUGUGGCUAUGAGUAUUAGUGAACACUGAUGAACAACAUGAAAUAAGGAAGAGUGGAAAAGGGAGAGGUGACAGUCACUGUUCCCACCAGACUGCAGCCCCAGAGCAAUCUGCAUGUGUGGUACUGACACCAGGUUGCAAGGGACGUGAUGUCUGCGUGUGAGUACAGACAAUGCCUGUUUGAGCUGGUUUUCUUUGGAUGUAAACUGGUGUGACAAGAUGCUUCUGAUCUAUCUGUGUGCAUUUCUUUUGAAUACUGUUAGGGGAAAUGUGCCUUAAUUUUUUGGUGUGUGUUUUGUUUGAUUUGGUUUAUUUUUCCUCUCCGCACAGAGCACUAGACCAGCAGGAUUUAAAUAUGUCUCUUCUUUGAAAGGACUUGCUUACUUGUGGGAGUGGCAGAAAAAUUGGCAGAAGAACUUCCAAGGUUUGCUCGUUGUCAGUAUAUUUUCUACUUUCUUUUUUUUUUCAAACCCUUAACAGUAUUCUGUAAUCAAAGUGUACAGUUCCUUUGUGUCAGUUCACUUUAGAAGAAUAAAAACAGGUUUGAAACAA